UCACAGAGAUAGCGAGAUAAGAGUGAGCCAUCGCUGCCGUGAAACGAUCUUUUCGCGCUUUCACGAGCCAGCCAUGCCCUGCGCCCGGCCUCGAAGUAUCCUCCAGCGGAAGCCGGAAAUAAAACAACGCCCAAGUGAACGUGAGGACACGCAAACUGUCAAACGGUCCCACGGCAAUUCAAUUCACUCGCGUUCCACGUCCGGGUGAAAGCUGUCGACGGGGAAAGCCGACGGCGGCGACCGUUACUCGACAGUGCUCCCAUGCUACAUGCUAAAGCUAACGCUACUUUUUUUGACACUUACGUUUCCCAACUCCUGAGUUCGGUCCCGCAUUGUUCGGCUUUAACCGCCCAGAGGCGAUGGCAGCAGUGAGGCAAAGUGUGGUAAAGUUGUCACCGGGCUGAGAAAAAAAGGCACCGUUAAAAAAAAAACCUGGCAAAAGUUAGAUUUGCUGUCAUUCAACAAGUUAACUUGAGUGCAAGAAGGCGACACUUUGUCUUCUUCUUCCGCUUCGGGGUUGACUUUGACUCGUUAGCGCCCCCCACGGGACGCUGCUGUGUAACUGCACUUUUAAAGGCACUCAUUUCUUGUAUAAACAAGACAUUUUGAAACGGUUAUGCUUUAUUUAUAAAACAUUCCGCCUCGAUAAGGAUAAUGGGGCUCAAUUGUUAGUCAAUAUUGUUUCUAUAUGGUUACUAUUGCGGUUGUAGUGGGAGGUUUAGGCUGACGGCUUACUUACGAAGGCUACUUAAAGGUUUGCAUACGUGUUGAGUGAGGGGACAGCGUCUCGUCUCCAGCGAGCUGUCAGUCGUCCAGCAUAGAGAGAGAGAGAGGGAGACACACAUUCGGUCCAUCCGCACCUCCGGAGCAGCGGAGCAAGGCGGCAGACGGUCGGACACACGCCGCCCUCGUCUUCGCCAUGAUGGGAGGAAUGGUCGCCGGCUGCGUGGGCUCCUCCGUGCGCGGCGGCGCGGAUGUUUAGGCGUGUAUCAUCCAUGAGAUCUGCGGCGCUUGUGUGGCGCAGAAGAAGACAAGAUGAAGAAGCAGUUCAACCGAAUGAGACAGCUCGCCAACCAGACUGUGGGCAGGGCUGAGAAGACUGAAGUGUUAAGUGAAGACCUCCUGCAGGCGGAGAAGCGUCUGGAGCUGGUCAAGCAGGUGUCUCACAGCACGCACAAGAAGCUGACGGCGUGCCUGCAGAGCCAGCAGGGCGUGGACGUGGACAAGAAGUCGGUCAGAUCUCCGUCGAAAAAGCUUCCCCUCGCCACCCUCGCACAAUGCAUGGAGGAGGGGGCGGCGGUUCUCGGGGACGAGUCCCUCCUCGGGAAGAUGCUGAAGCUGUGCGGCGACACGGAGGACAAACUGGCUCAGGAGCUCGUCCUGUUGGAGGUCACCAUCGAGAGAGACGUCAUGGACCCGCUCUACGAUCUCGCAGAGGUGGAAAUCCCAAACAUCCAGAAACAAAGGAAACAUUUAGCCAAACUGGUCCUGGACAUGGACUCUGCACGCACACGCUACUAUCAGUCCAGCAAGUCGUCAGGCUUGUCCAGCAGCCUCCAGCCGGCAGGAGCCAAGGCCGACCACCUCAGGGAGGAGAUGGAGGAGGCGGCCAACCGCAUGGAGAUCUGUCGGGACCAGCUGUCUGCAGACAUGUACGGUUUCAUGGCCAAAGAACUCGACUAUGCAAGCUACUUCCAGACUCUGAUUGAAGUCCAAGCCGAGUACCACAGGAAGUCGCUGGAGCUGCUGCAGAACAUUUUGCCUCAGAUUAAAGCUCACCAGGAGACGUGGGCGGAGAAGCCGUGCUACGGGAAGCCGUUGGAGGAGCACUUAGAGCUCAGCGGGAGAGAUAUUGCCUUUCCCAUCGAGGCCUGUGUCACCAUGUUGCUGGAGUGCGGCAUGCAGGAGGAGGGUUUGUUCCGAGUGGCUCCUUCGGCCUCCAAGCUGAAGAAGCUGAAGGCGUCUCUGGACUGCGGCGUGUUGGACGUUCAGGAGUACUCGGCCGACCCGCACGCCAUCGCAGGAGCCCUGAAGUCGUACCUGCGGGAGCUUCCUGAGCCACUGAUGACCUUUGAACUGUACAACGACUGGAUCCAGGCCUCCAACAUUCCAGACCAGGACAAGAGGCUGCAGGCUCUCCGCAGCGCUUGUGACAAACUGCCGCCCUCCAACAACAACAACUUCAAGUAUCUGAUCAAGUUCCUGUCCAAACUGACGGAACACCAGGAAAUGAACAAGAUGACUCCCGGGAACAUCGCCAUCGUGCUCGGGCCCAACCUGCUGUGGACGCACAGCGACGGCAACAUCACAGAGAUGAUGACCACCGUGUCCCUGCAGAUCGUCGGCAUCAUCGAGCCCAUCAUCCAGCACGCCGACUGGUUCUUCCCUGGAGAAAUUGAGUUCAACGUGACGGGCAACUACGGAAGUCCCGUCCACGCCAACCACAACGCCAACUACAGCUCCAUGCCGUCUCCCGACAUGGAGAUGGCCGAGCGCAAGCAGAACGAUCAGAGCCGCCGCCCCCUCAGCGUCGCCACGGAUAACAUGAUGCUGGAGUUCUACAAGAAGGACGGCAUCAGGAAGAUCCAGAGCAUGGGCGUCAGGGUGAUGGACACUUCUUGGGUGUCCCGCAGGGGCUCGUCCUCCUCGCGCAAAACCUCGUCCACGCCACCGAGCGUGCGGGUGCCGACCCCGCCCGCCGACGGGCCGGUCCCCGAGCAGCCCGGGGACCCCUGCGGCUCCCCCUCCCCCACCCCUCCUCCCACUAGCAGCGACCGAGCCAGCCCCCGCAUGUUUCACAGCAUCACCUUCCAUUGUCGCAAGGCUCUGCAGUGGAUGAGCUCGGAUGAUGCUUCGGACUCCUGUAACGCCUGCCCCUCCCCCGAGGAGGAGAGGCCGCCCCCCCCUUACCCCUCCUCCUCCGCAUCCUCCUCAUCUUGCUCCUCUUGCUCGCCCUUCUCGCUCCCUCACCCCCACUUCUACACUCGAGCACCCCCCGGUAUGCGCCCCCUCUCCCGCAGCCCCGAGUGCGUCCCCUCCGGCCUGUCGCCUCUCCCCCGUCGCUCGGGCUACAGCCCGCCCCCCUUCCUCCACUCCCUGUGCCCCUCCCCUCAGCCACUUGACGUCAACUCCAACCCCAGGGCCAGCCCCCCGCACCUGCCCAAACAGGCCUCGCUGUCCGACCCUCUGCAUGCCCCACCCCCCGACUCCAACGGCUCCACCCCCCUCUACAUCAAGCCCCCCCUCGUUCUCACUCGCCACGAUCUCUUCCUGGGCUCCCCUAAGCCCCCAAACACCCCACUGUCCGCCCCCCCGCCUUGGGCCACCUGUAGCCGAGAGCGAGGACGGAAGGCCGCUAGCACGCUGAAGAACAAGGAGCUGUCUCCCGUGAUUGGACAAAAGGGGUUCCAGGUGACAGUGACCCCUAGCGGCCAGUCGGAGCACAGCCCACACACGCUGAGGAGAGCAAAGAAGCUGGCUCCGAUCCCUCCGAAAGGCCCGUACGUCCCGACGGGCGGCGUCUCGGAGCAGUCCACGGGUCAGCCGUCUCCGGUCAGCCUGUCGCCCACCCCGCCCAGCACGCCUUCGCCGUACGGCUUCGGAUACCCGCAAGGUUACGCCACCAUCGGCUCGGUGGGACACAUCCACGCCGCCACGCCGUCGCUCUCCUCGCCGCCCUCGCUGGCCGGGACGCUCACCAAGGCCCGGCCCACUCCCAAGCCCCCCCGGCAGAGGCCGAGCCUGCCUCCCCCGCAGCCGCCCUCCACCCCCGGCACCAGCCCCCAACCGCUGGAGCACUCUGGCCUCCUGGAUGGUUUGUCUCCUGGAGAGAGCAUGUCCACAGACUCCCUGUGCAACCUGGACAUUCCCGUCAUCAACAUGGAACUGGACGGUCUCCUGGACCUGGCCCGCAUGUCCCACCUCAGGCACUCGGUGGCGCUGAUGGACUCCGCCUUCCACAGAACCGCCGAGUCGGAGGAGGAGACGGAGAGCACAGUGCUAUGAUAGGACGGCCCCGACCCCGCCCCCGCCGCCGCCCCCCCUCACCUAUCCUUGGCUGCAGAAUCUGGUUUAUUAGCGGAUCAUUCCAUUUUUUUUUAAUCUUUUCUUUGCCUUAUUUGAUCCACUUGCGUUGCUGCCUUUAAUGUCACUCACAAGACACGUGGACGUGGGGCUUUUAUUUGUGUGUGUGUGUGUGUGUGUGUGUGUGUGUCAUCAAGCGAAUGCAUGUUGUAGAUAUGUCAAGCUGAAUAACACACGGGUCACAAAAGGUUCCAAGGUCUUAGUGCACAUUGAUUAUUAUUAUUAUUAUUAUUAUUAUGAUUAUUGUCUAUACUGUACAUUUGCAGAGUUUAUAAGCAACACUAUCAUCAAACACCAGAUCCUAUUUUAUAUUUACGCACGCUUCCUCCCGAGAGAAGGAUUCGGAUGAGCCUUUUGUAAAGUGUCCAUGCGACGGUGACGUAGCCGCAGGCUGGCGUGCACCAACCACGCUCAUGGUGGCCACGCCCAUGCUCACGGAAAACGAAAAUAUUAGGACGAAAUAUGAUCAAAAAGUCAUCCCUCACUGCACAGAUAUAUGUGUUGGUAUGGAAUGUCGGCCGGGACACACAAGCACCAGACUUAAACUCUGAACCCCCCAACCUCGCCUCCUGUCCGCCCCCUGCUCGGCUCCCCUUAUGUCUUAUUUUCUCUUAUUAUGUCUACUGUAUUGGGUAAUAGCAAUUUACGAGUGACCAUAGUGGGAUUAUUUCAUGUCUAGAGGGCUCUGAUAAUGUUAACAACCGUAUUUAGAAGGUCGCAAACAGGUUUUCUAUGUCUUAUGAGCCUUAUUUUCUCUUAUUAUGUCUACUUUAUUGGGUAAUGGGGUGUAAAAGUGACUAUAGGGGUGUUAUUUUGGGCUCUAAUAAUGUCAACAACCGUAUUUAGAAGGUCGCAAACAGGUUUUCUAUGUCUCUCUUAUGUCUAUUUAAUUGGGUAAUGGGGUGUAAAAGUGACUAUAGGGGUGUUAUUUGGAGCUCUAAUAAUGCUAACCAUCGUGCUUAGAAGGUCAUAAUGAGGUUUUCUAUGUCUUAUGGGCCAUAUUUUGUCUUAUUAUGUCUAUUUUAUUGGGUAAUUGGGCGUAAAAGUGACUAUAGGGGUGUUGUUUUGGCCUCUGAUAAUGUUAACAACCGUAUUUAGAAGGUCGCAAACAGGUUUUCUAUGUCUUAUGGGCCUUAUUUUCUCUUAUUAUGUCUAUUCUAUUGGGUAAUUGGGCAUAAAAGUGACUAUAGGGGUGUUAUUUUGGGCUCUAAUAAUGCUAACCACCAUGCUUACAAGGUCAUAAUGAGGUUUUCUAGUUUGUGUUAUGGGCCUAUUUUGUCUUAUUAUGUCUACUUUAUUGAGUAAUGGGGUGUAAAAGUGACUAUAGGGGUGUUAUUUUGAGCUCUAAUAAUGCUAACCACCGUGCUUAGAGGGUCAUAAUGAGGUUUUGUAGUAUGUCUUAUGGGCCUAUUUUGUCUUAUUAUGUCUACUUUAUCGAGUAAUGGGGUGUAAAAGUGACUAUAGGGGUGUUAUUUUGAGCUCUAAUAAUGCUAACCACCGUGCUUAGAAGGCUGCAAACAGGUUUUCUAUGUCUUAUGGGCCUUAUUUUCUCUUAUUAUGUCUAUUUUAUUGGGUAAUUGGGCGUAAAAGUGACUAUAGGGGUGUUAUUUUGAGCUCUAAUAAUGCUAACCACCGUGCUUAGAAGGUCAUAAUAAGGUUUUCUAUGUCUUAUGGGCCUAUUUUGUCUUAUUAUGUCUACUUUAUUGAGUAAUGGGGUGUAAAAGUGACUAUAGGGGUGUUAUUUUGAGCUCUAAUAAUGCUAACCACCGUGCUUAGAAGGUAAUAAUAAGAUUUUCUAUGUCUUAUGGGCCAUAUUUUUUCUUAUUAUGUCUACUUUAUUGGGUAAUGGGGUGUAAAAGUGACUAUAGGGGUGUUAUUUUGGGCUCUAAUAAUGCUAACCAGCGUAUUUAAAAGGUCGUAAACAGGUUUUGUACACUCUAAUUCUACACUGGAUAAACGAGGGAUUACUGUACAUUGACCGAACCCGUCUGUCUUCCUGCGGCAUGUAGGGUUACCUUUCACAACCACACGUUUUAACUGCGGCUUCCUCUCGUGGACAUGAGAGGAAUUAAAAGCAGCGUUGUGCUCGUUGGUGAGAUGUUGGUGGUGUUGGUGCACACCAGCCUCAGACAAUUCAAGUGUAUCAGAAGGUUGUGUGUGUGUGUGUGCAAGAGAGCGAGAGCGCAAGGCCACUCCGCCUGCAGGCAUGCAAACAUGCAAACAUGCAAACAUGCUUUGAUCAUGAAGAAGUGGCCUGAAACGUGCUAUUUUUGUCCCGAGUGUCCACACGCUGACGAUGACGACGCGGGCGUGCAAGCAUACUGUUUAUUUUGAGCAGAGUAUUUAUACAGAUAUAUUUCCGAAGGCUUUUUACGCGCAAGAUUUCAGACGUGGGACCAGACUUUCCUUCUUUGUCACAUGCAAACGUAUCCAGAGUGUAAAUACGUUGUGUACAUACAGUACAUGCUCUGUAUGUAUGACUUAUAUAUAUAUAAAUAUAAAUCUAUAUAAAAAUGAUGUAGAUGUAUAGGAAUACUAGCUGGAUUGAUAUGUCACACGCUGAACACAUAAAGACAGCUCUCAUGGUAUUUGACAUUUAACCAUCCCAUUUUAAUAUUGAAAUUAUUUCCAAGAAUAUCUGAAAAUGAUCAUCUCUCACUUUGGCUACGUAUGAAUGAUCCUUGAUGGUUUAUUUAUGUUGCUCGGGUGGCCCCACCUUUUCCACCAUACAACAACAUUGACGCAUGCGGGGGCCAUUUUGACGCAGAGAUGUUCAAAAACACCACACGCAUUUUAUUUAUUUGAUUUUAAUCUUGUUAUUAUUUAUUUGACCUCGUUGUUGCGGAUGUUUUAUUUAUUUUACAGUUUGUUUGCAUGAGGUGUGCCGCAAGCCGAUGACAAAGCAUAUCGUUCAUCUUAUCAGCAUCGACUUCUUCAUGUUCUCUACGCCAGGGGUGUCCAAAAGGGGCUCUGGGAGGGGGGGGGGCUGCUUUUUUAUUGGCCCAUGGUACAGUCAAAAAUUUGAAUUUAAUAAGAAAACAUGCAAAAAACAGCAAAAAUUGAACUGUAAUAAUUUUCCAAUAAUAUAGUCAGUUAUUGGGACAAAAAGGGAAAGGUUAUGUAUUAUGAGGAAAGAUGAUGUAUUUUUACUUGCAUAAUGUUGAAAUAAAAAAAAGAUAUUAACAAACAAGUUUUUGGAAAAUUACAUAUUACAAAAAAAGCCUCAAGACAAAAAACUGGUAAUUUUAUGGGGAGAACUCAUGUCAUUGGAGUAGAAUAGAGCUGAAAUAUUAAAAUAAUAUAUACGUUUUUACAAAAUAUUAAAGUGGCCCUUACUGGAAAAACGUUUGGACACCCGUGCUGUUUUUGUUGCCUUUUUUUUUGUAUUAUUUGUGUGUGUGUGUGAAAAAAAAAGUAAAAAAAAAAAAAAAAAGCAAGUCGCCGUCUGCAAAUGGCCCCAGGCCGCCCUUUGGACACCCUGGAAAGAUGAUUGUGGUCACGAUCAAUGCUAUUAAUGUUACUUUCUUAUUUUAACUUUUCUUUUUCCUUCCUUUAAUUUGUUAUAUUUAGUACACUGAUAUGUCACAGGUCAAUAAAAAAUGAGCUGUAGGUUGCAAAGGGUCCCCGAGCCACAGUGUGGACACCCCUCCUCUCGGUAUUUUUUCAGUCUGUGAAGGAAGCAACUUUUUUGUUGUUACGACAACAGGAUGGAGUAGUAGGAUGGAGUAUGAAUAAUAAUCUGAGAUUUGGAGAAUAAAGUAUGGCAAGCUUUUAUUUAGAAGGUUUCAGCAUUUAAAUUAGCACGUCUAGCCCUUCUCACUUCCGCCUUCCUCACCCCGCCCCCUCCACAUGCCCAAGGCCAAAGGUCACAUGAGUCCCCCCUUUUCAUAGUUGUCUCAGGCAAUGCCUUUUACGACAGAUUAGUUAAAUAAUCUGAGCGUUUUUGAGAAUAAAGUCGUGAAUUACGAGGGAAAAAAAAUCUAAAUCUUUGUGCUCAACUGCUCUGUUUUGCUGCCACCUAAUAAAUAAAAGCUAGGCUGAAGAGCUAUGCCACUUUAUUCUCAGAAAUGUACAUCUUUAUUCUUGGACAUUUACAUUAUUUUUGGUCAUUUGUGACCUUUUUCUCAUGAAUUUUAUUUUAUUUUUUUUAAUUAACGGCGCGCUAAAAUAUUCUUGUAUUUUCGGUAAUUUGUGACUUUUUUUCUUGUAGAUUUAUGACUAUUUUGAUGUCAAUUUACACACUUUUUCUUGUAAGUUUUUUCUGUAAAUGUGCGACUUUUUUUCUCGUAAAUGCACGACUUUAUUCUUGUACAUUUACAACUUUCUUUCUUGUAAAUGUAUGACUUUAUUGUCAUCAUUUUACACCUUUAUUAUAUGUCAUAAAGGUACGUCUUCAUCCUUGGACAUUAUUCUAUGGAAUGUACGACUUUUCUCAUCCAUUUACGACUAUAUUGAUGUCAAUUUCCAACAUUUUUCAGAUAAAUGUUCAGCUUUAUUCCCCAAAUCUCAGAUUAUUAUUAUGUUCCAAUGUGUCCCUAAGACCGGGUGGCAGAAUCCGAUGCUGAUGUUUGCUAGCUGAGUCGGAAAGUCAGCAGUGUUUACAAUAUUGAUUAUUAGGAAUCAUCUCUUAUGCUGUGUUGCUUUUGUAAAAAGAUCAAUCAAUCAUCACAUAGAAGGCGUUUUUUGAACACCAUUAGUUGGAAUGUAAAAACCUUGCAGGUUGUGUGUGUGUGUGUGUGUUUGUCGUGUUGAUACACGUGUGAAAGUGAGGCAUGCUUUUUACCCGCACUCUUUAAACGUGUCACCUUUGCAGCGCGAGCAAAGAAAUGGAGAAAUCCAAGCUUCUGUUGUUUUUAUUCUUUUGCCCUGAAAGCGUCUUCAUGUGCUGCCGAAGCCUACGAGGUCAAAUGAAUCAUCUUGACUCCUUUCCUGCUGAGGAGGCCCCAAUAAGUCUUCAAAUGUUUGUGACAAAAGUGUGUUGAUGCUGUUAAAAGUUUGACCUCCUUAAGAAAAACAUCUUGUCCCAAAAAUAUGUGAGGAAAAAAAAGUCAUCAGAAUGUUGCAACAAUUAAAAUGUUUUUUUAAUCAGA